AUGGUGUUCGCUCUGCUCUCCUUCACUGAUCAAUGGAAAUUAAUAGUAGUGGCAUUUUCUGCGAAAUUAGUGAAUAAUCAACGGACCGCGUCAGCAACCCAUAGGUUGCUCCCUCAUCGGAAUCCGAUACGACGAUUCCCUUUCCCAUUCCCCUUUUUUCCCGACAAGUCAAGGAAAUUGAGCAUUCAAUUUCAUCACAUAAUAAUCUUAAAGAACAUUGCCAUACUACCAGAGAAAAUUGGUGGAUCCAUCCAUAAAUGGUUUCUGCUCCGUGAUGAGUUCCUUUGA